CACCAACCAUCACCCCAUCACCACUCUCACAACCACCGCUUCUUUCCCGCCAUUGUCGUCGAGCGAGCAUGCUUGCGGCACCAUGGAUCUGCCGCAGCUGCGCCCGGGCGCUGCGCCGCUCCGUGCCGCGCCCCUUGUUUGCUCGCUACGCCUCCAGCAGCGGUUCCAAUGACACCACCACCGCCGCCGAAGCUGCAACGGCAGCCAUGAUCCCCCCCUCGGCUCUCGCCCCCAGCCUCCUCCGCCGCGCCCAGGCCCUCGUCGCCGAGCACGACGCCCUACAGCGCGCCCUCAGCUCCGGCGAUGACGACGCCUACGCCUUCGACGCGGCCAAGGCCCGGCGCGCGGGCGAGCUCUCGCGCGUCGCCGCCGCCCUCGCCGCCUGCACCGCCGCCCGCGCCUCCGUCGCCGAGCUCGCCGCCCUCGCCGCCGACCCGCACGGCGCCGACCCGGACCUCGCCGCCAUCGCCCGCGAGGACCUCGCCCCCGAGGCCGCGCGCCUCGACGCCCUCGAGCGCGCCCUCUCCGCCGCGCUCACCCCGCGCCACCCCUUCGCCCACCUCCCCUGCAUGCUCGAGUUCAGGCCCGGCCCGGGCGGGCUCGAGGGCCGCUACUUCACCGACUCGCUCUUCAAGAUGUACAGGGCGCUGUGCGCGCGCAGGGGGUACCGCGCCAACGUCCUCAAGUACGAGCUCGCCGACGCCGCGGGCGACCAGUCCUCGUCGGCGGGCGAGCUGCCCCUCCAGGAGGCCGUGCUCGAGGUCCAGGACCCGGGCGCGUACGACGAGUUCCGCGGCGAGGCGGGCAUGCACCGCGUGCAGCGCAUCCCCAGCACCGAGAGCAAGGGCCGCGUGCACACGUCCGCCGUGGCCGUCUGGGUGCUGCCGUCGUUUGCGGAGAAUAACAACUCGGGAGGAGCCGAGGCCGUGGACGUCGACGACCCGGACAGCGACUUCUACGUCAACCCGGCCGACGUGCGCGUCGAGACGAUGCGCGCGCGCGGCGCCGGCGGCCAGCACGUCAACAAGACCGAGUCGGCUAUCCGGCUUACGCACGCCCCCACGGGCACCGUCGUGUCCAUGCAGGACCACCGCUCGCAGCAGCGCAACCGCGAGGACGCCUGGAAGGUGCUGCGCUCGCGCGUCGCCGCCCAGCGCGUCGAGCGCCGCCAGGAGGACGCCGCCCGCCUGCGCAGCAGCGUCCUCAGCCGCGCCCAAAUCACCCGCGGCGACAAGAUUCGCACCUACAACUACGGCCAGGACCGCUGCUCCGACCACCGCGCCGGCGUCGACGUGCAUAACCUGCCCGACGUGCUGGCGGGCGGGGAGACGCUUGACAGGGUCAUGGGCGCGGCGAGGGAGUGGCUCGUCGCGCGCGAGGUGGAGGCUGUGGCUGCCGAGGAGGAAGCCAAGCAGCAGCAGCAGCAACAGCAGCAGAAGCAAUGAUUGCAGUGGCAGAAGCCAAGAUCGCAACAGCAGAACCAAUAAUCGGGAGUAGUACAAGCAGUAGCGGCAACAGUAGCAGACGGCAGCUACCAAGGUAAAACACAACCCGUACCUACCUAUACACAUCUACGACUGCCAAAGCGGACAUGAUGUACAGCAUUUCGCUCCUCAUGUGCAUGAAGAAACACCAAAAGUAUAGCAUGACGCUCAUAGCGUCCACGCGUGCGUAUAUAUGCAUACAUA